ACAAAACAUCAAAGAAAACAGAAGCGAAAACGCGGGCUAUGGACAAAUACUUAAUUAAAAUGCCUGUUAAAUCUAAAGCAAACGAAGUGGUCAAGCAAGAAAAAGCGGUCGUAAAGAAGGAGACGCCCAAAAUGUCGGCCAAACAAACAAAAAAAGAUACUCCAAAAGAGUUAACGGACAAGGAAAAUGCCGCCGAGGACAGUACCCCGAAGCAAAGGAAAGCAGGAAGACCUGGAAGAUCUGCUACCAAGCGAAAGAAUCUAGAUACCCCAGAACAGAAAGACGAGAAGAUUGCGGCUGAGACUGAGAAUCCCCCGAAGCGCAGGAGUUCCAGGCAGACAAGAAGCAUGCGAUCUAUGGCUGAGGAUGGGUCACCGUCCCCGGAAAAGAAGAAGCCCGAGAAGCUGCCUUUUAUCAAGUACACGGGAGCCAUUAAGUACUACACGGAGAAUCAGGAUAUAGCCGCAUCUGCCGAUGAAGUUUUGCAAUGGGUGGAGAAGCAGACGGACGAGGUAGUGCCUAUGGCCUUCGAUAUGGAGUGGCCAUUUUCCUUCCAAACCGGUCCCGGCAAGUCCGCCGUCAUCCAGAUCUGCGUGGAUGAGAAGUGCUGCUACAUUUACCAGCUGACGAAUCUGAAGAAACUGCCCGCGGUCCUGGUGGCCCUUAUCAAUCAUCCCAAAGUGCGGUUGCAUGGCGUGAACAUAAAGAGUGAUUUCCGUAAGUUGGCGCGGGACUUUCCCGAGGUUUCCGCUGAACCUCUGAUCGAGAAAUGCGUGGAUCUGGGCGUGUGGUGCAAUGAGGUCUGCGAGACCGGCGGUCGGUGGAGCUUGGAGCGUUUGACCAACUUUAUAGCCAAGAAAAGCCAGGACAAAAGCAAGAAGGUGCGCAUGAGCAAGUGGCAUGUCAUUCCGCUGGACGAGAAUCAACUGAUGUACGCUGCCAUCGAUGUCUUUAUCGGUCAAGUUAUAUAUCGCGAAUUGGAGCGCCGCGAGAAGGCCAAGCUCAAAAAUGAAGGCGAAUUUAAGGAGAAGAAUGGGGAUGCUGCCUUUAAAGCUGUAAAAGCAUUGGGUGAAACAUUUCUAACCAAGAUCAACGAGGUAACUCUGUGAUCUUGUUGACAUGUUUUAAGAAAUUGCAUUUAAUAUUUUGCUUACUGUUUCAAUUAUUUCAGUUUUAUAGCUGACAAGUCUUUUUGAUUAUUAGGGUUUUUCCAGUAGAAUUAUUUAUAUUUGUACAAUCUCAACUUCUUCAAUCGUAUUAGGUAUUGUUUAAAAAAAUGUCAACUUGAUGUUUUGAUUCAACUGACAAUUAAGAAGUUGUUAUAUAAGAAUCAAAAUAUUUACAUUUUUAACCAAACUCAUUAUACAUUUUACAACUUGUUGGUUAAUUUUCUACCUUAGUAAUACUUUAGUCCCCCAAAAUUAGAUAAAGAUUAUACAGUUUCUUACAUUUCUCAACUUGCAAUAAAUUUUAAUUUUGUAAA